CUCGAGGUCUCGUUGCGUCUGCACUGGUUGCAGGCGCUGCUGCCGCAGUUUCAUAUGAUGUUCCCGAAAUGCAAACUGUAUUCGACGUUCUUGCGUCUGGAGAUUAUGCAGAUGUUGUACGCAACAUCGGUUCUGCUGCGGAGGCCUUUACAGACAUUAUUGAUGAGGGGCGAAAGAAUGUCCUAGACAAUGCAAAGAAGCUUGCCGGAGAAGCUGAGCAGACAAUCCAACGUUACUGGAAAGACGGCGCAGUUCGCGAGUUCAUUCAACAAUACGGGGUUUCUUACGAACGCUUCAAGCACCCUGAGUUUCGGGACUAUCAGAUUCGUGUGACCGAACCCAAGCUGUGUGAUCCAGAUGUACAACAGUACUCUGGUUAUCUCGACGUGACCGACGGAAAGCACUUAUUCUUCUGGUUCUUCGAGUCAAGGACGUAUCCUGAGACCGCUCCUCUAAUUCUCUGGUUGAAUGGUGGACCCGGCUGCAGCUCCUCCACUGGGCUCCUCUUCGAGCUCGGCCCAUGUCGUAUUGCAAAUGAUGGCCUCAACAUCACCUACAAUCCGCAUAGUUGGAACACCCACGCGAAUAUCAUCUUCCUGGACCAGCCUGUUAACGUGGGAUAUUCCUACUCAGACGACGGGUCGAGCGUUAACACAAGUCCUGCGGCUGGUGAAGAUGUAUUGGCUUUCUUGCAACUCUUCCUUACGCGCUUCCCGAAGUAUGCGGAUGCACCUUUCCACAUUGCUGCAGAGAGCUACGGUGGAACGUAUGCACCGAACUUCGCAAGCAUCAUCCACAAGCAUAACAAGGCGCUGGAAUUAUCGCCCAAAGAAAACGUUGUCAAGAUUAACCUUGCCUCCAUUAUGAUUGGGAACGGAAUGACAGAUCGCUAUAUCCAGGAUGCUUCGAUUCCGACAUUUGCUUGCGAGGGUCCAUUUCCUAUUUACGAUGACCCCAACGGUCCUGAAUGCCAAGCCUUGCGAGGGAAGGUACCGACCUGCCAGCGUCUCAUUAAUGCGUGCUAUAAAUACAAUUCGCGCCUUGCGUGCGUCCCUGCUGGAAUUUACUGUAACGCUCAGCUUUACGGGCCUAUCCAACAGAGCGGAAAGAAUCCAUACGAUGUCCGCAAGACGUGCGACCCUGAAAAGGACACGUCGCUCUGCUACAAGCAGAUGGGCUGGAUUGAAACAUGGAUGAACGAGGAGCAGAACAAGUUGGAUGUUGGUGCUCAUCCUGACGUCGAAUUUGCGUCUUGCAAUUUCCAGGUCAACCAGGCGUUCAUGUUGCAAGGGGAUAGUACUCACAACUCUGCGCUUCUGCUAACUGAUCUCGUCAACGACGGUGUCCGUGUUCUAAUCUAUGCUGGCAAUGCGGAUUAUAUGUGCAACUUCAUUGGUAAUGAAGCUUGGCUUGAGGCUAUGGGCAGCAAGUUCCAUGAUGCGUUCGCUGCUAGCGAAGCCCAACCUUGGAUAACGCUCUCUGGUGGUAAGAUUGCUGGUACAGUGCGCACUGCGGGUGCAAAUGAGUUCACCGCCGGAAACGUCACCUUUGUCACUGUCUACGACGCAGGGCACAUGGUGCCAUUUGACCAACCCGAGGCUGCUUUGGAUCUUAUCACAAGGUGGAUUUUCGAUGCCCCUCUUGGCAACUAAAGUCUUUAAUCAUGCGGAACGGAAGCUUUGCAUUGCUUCUCUUGCUAUGAUCUUGUUUAUACCGCGUGUCGAAUAACUUGCUAGAAUAAUCU